AUGUCGUUUUCAAAACUACUCUUUCACCUAUACUAUAUAUUUGGAUUUCUUUUAAAUUUUCAUACUAUAUCAACUUGUCUUAUACUUAAUGAUGAAAUUUUUUGUAAAUCAUCUAAUUUUUAUCAUUAUAAUCCAUCAUCAAUUAAUAAUAGUGUAUUAAUAUCUCGUUCAACAUUUCAUUUAACAAAUACUUAUUAUUCCGGUAUUCUUACUGAUAAUAUUCAUAAACUAAUUAUUGAUGAAUAUCCAUAUAAAACAUUUCAAUUCCCAUUUAGUUCGUCAUUAACACUUCAUAGUUUAUCAAUUGAACAUACAAAUUUAAAUCUAUUUCCAACAUGGUUAUGUACACAUAAUAAAAAUUUAUCAUUUAUUGAAAUUGAUUAUUCACAUAUUGAACAAAUAUUAAAACAUGAUUUAAACCUCUGUUCAAAUCUACGUAUAUUACGUAUAUCAAAUUCAUAUUUAAUACAAUUUACAAAUUCGUAUAAUAUUUCCAUCUCAAUAGAAUAUUUAUAUUUAAAUAAUAACAAUUUAACUAAAAUCUCCUAUGAAAAUGGAUUAAAUUUAUAUCAAUUUCCUUAUUUACAUAUUCUGGAUUUAUCAUAUAAUCAAAUAAAAUCUACCACAUCCGAAGACUUUAAUCAAACAUUUUCUUUAACAACACUUUAUUUAUCAUAUUGUAAUUUAGAAUUAUUUCAAUUGAAUAAUAAAAAAUAUUUAACAUCGUUAGAAAUUCUUGAUUUACGUGGUAAUAAUAAUUUACAAACGAAUAAAAAUUGGUAUGAUUAUUUACCUCAUUUAAUGAAAAUUUAUUUUCCAUACGCACAUUUUUGUUGUCAUUUUAAAAAUGAAAGAAAUUUACUAACAAAUGAAAAUGAAAAAAAUCUAUUUUCAAUAUCGUUUCAUUCCGAUCCAGUUUGUUUUCCAUUACCAGAUCAAAUGACACCAUGUGAAUCAUUAUUUUCAUCAAAUUUUAGUCGAUUAAUCUUUUUUCUGAUUGUAUUUAUUUCUGUUAUAUCAAAUCUUACUGCACUUAUUGUUACAAUAUUUCGUUUAAUAACAUCAUCUUAUAAUCGAUGGUCAAUAUCAACAUUAUUCAGUUCAAAUUUAGCUUUAGCUGAUUUUAUUUCAUCGAUUUAUCUCAUUUUUAUUGGUAUUAUUGAUAUACAUUUUCAUGAAAAUUUCUAUAUUAAAACACAAUUAUGGACAAAAUCAUAUUUAUGUACAUUUGCAGGAUUUAUUUAUAUAUUCGGAAUACAAUCAUCCAUUUAUGCAUUAACAUUAUUAACAUUUGAACGUUUUUAUACAAUUUUAUUUUCAUUUAAACGUCAAACACAAUGGCCAUCAAAAUUUACUUUAAUAAUUAUAUCACUGGGUUGGUUUAUAAGUCUCAUAAUUGCAUCAUUACCAUUAAUUAAUAUUAAUAAUUUCCAUGCUAAUUCAUUAUGUGUACCAUUUCGUAUAGAAAAUUUAUUUGAUCGAUUCUAUUUAUCAUUAUUAAUUAUAGCUGAUCUUUGUUUCAUUGGUAUAAUUAUAACAUGUAAUGGUCUUAUAUGUUUUAAUUUUAGUAAAUCACAUGUUCAUACAUUAAAUGAUGCACGAGCAACAUUAAAAAUUCUUACAUUAGUUAUUGCUAUAUGUAUAAGUCGAUUACCAUUGAUAAUAUUUAUUUUUUUUGCUUUAAUUAUUCAUCCGAAUUCAUCAAAUAAUGUUAAUAAUUAUGGUUUUCAUUUUAAUAAUAUUAAAUUAGCUAUUCUUUUUUUACAACCAUUUAGUUCAUGUUUUAAUCCAUUUAUGUAUUCAUCUUUAUCAACAUUUAAAUGGUCAACAACAACUGGUUUUGAACGACCAAAACCAAAUAGAAAAUCAAUGGAAUUUUCUCGAUUUCGUUCGAAAUCAGUUGGUUUUAAACGUGGUUAUCAUCCAUUACGUAUGAUGUCGAUAACAUCACUUGACUAUCGAUUUUCUUCAUUAACAGAUACCUCAUAA